UUAAUAACGACGGGGACAGCAGCAGUAGAGUCCCCUACACAAAAAAACAAAGCUUGGGAGUUGCAACGUUGCCGAGCACCCGACCCGCGCUGUGCAAAAGGGACCGCAAUCCAGCACGCAGAAACGCGAUAAUGAGGCCGUUUUUUCUCGUGCUUCUAGCGAUUUUUCGCACGAGCUCUAUGAACACUCCUGCUGUGGAUUCGGACUCGGACCACCAAGUUGUGUUCCGAGUUGACAAGAGACAGGAGCUAGCUCCCCCACCGAGUGCUUUGGGCCGGAGGGUACAGGAGCACAUCGGUGGGCCUCAGGCGCUCAGCAUGAAGUGCAGCACAACAUUGAUACAAGGUGGGAGGGUUAUCACCCCCUUGGCUGGAGCUGGUGUGCAUACUGUAGAAGGGGAUGGAAAAUGCGGGUGGAACGCGCUGCGUGCGGGUCUGCAAGCUUGCCUGGGUAGAGCGAGGACUCCCAACGAGCAGCAAAUGCGGGCAGCGGUUGCCCGUAGAGCCAUGGAACAUGUCGUCGGCGCACCCGAUGUCCCUGAGGACUCGACAGCGGUACUCUCAAAAGACCAACUUGGGCGGGCCCUGAGUGUGAAGGUACCGCAUGUUUUAGGGGAUGUCGAACACGGGAUGGCCGCGGAGGAUAAGACGGUUAGGUGGUUUUGCGAUCUAGCCCGGCAAAGUGCGGAGAAGUGGGUUGACAUUACCUGGAUGUCCUUCCUGGCCUCGGAGUACGGGGUGAAUAUCAUGGUGUGGGAGCCAAGCGCUAAGCACGGCACAGUCCAGGCUUACUCAGGAAACAACACGGCAGGCAUGUUCUUGUUCGAGAAAGAAGACAAAAUGGACGAGGAAGGAGAUCACUGGGUGCAUCUACUCUAUCGAGAGCACGCGAAUCCAUGGCUAGCGCGUAAUCAAAACCAUAACCUCAACCACUUCGACCGUCUGCAGCUUGGACACGAUGCAGUUGCUUCCUUCGUCGAAGUCGUUGCAUCAGCGAAGCUGCAACUAGGCACGGUGACGUUGAUGCCGUCAGCGAUUUACACAGCAGGCGGGGAGGCGGGAGGGUCCUCAAUGGUGGGCGGAGAAGAGGAGGACCAUCCCGAGUUCAGCAUGGGACCUCUCCCGCGCGGCAGCAACAGCAGUAGAAGCAGCAGCGGGACGGAGGGGAGACAGGCUGGAGCGCGAAAGACAAAGAAGGGCAAGGUCGGGCCGAAGGUCGUGGUGAAGCGACCUACCGCGGGGCAGACAGCGGAGAACAAGAAGCUCAAGGGCAGGGAUGCAUCAGGGAAGCACAAGGCCGGGGUUGCGCCAGGGAAGAAGCGCGAGGCGGUGGUUGCGCCGGGGAAGCGGAAAGCAGGGGUUGCGCCAGGGAAGCGCAAGGCGGGGGUUGCGCCAGGGGAUGGGAGAGGUGCCAAAAAAAAAGUCAAGACUACACCGACUGGUGGGAGGAACUCCUCGAAGGCCAACGGCAAAGACGACAAUGCCAACUAUGAUUCCGACGGCAGCAUCGGGGGGGGGGGACGUAGACCACAAGCAAACCCCGGGCGCCUUCGCUACAAUGUCGCAGAACCAGAAAAAGCUGGUCACGGCCAUGAAGAAGAUUCCGGAGCGGGGUUACAAGCGGGCGUUCUGGCUGACCAACAAGAGGAGGGCGCUGGGUAUGAAGAGGUACUCAAGAAGGUCGCCGACGAGGAAAAGGCGAGGCUCAAGAAGGCGGAUGAGAGAAACAAAACAAAACAGCAUCGACCACGCGGGGAGGUGGAGGAGGAGGAGCGGCGGGAGAGGGAGGAGCUAGAGGAGCAGCAGCAGCAGCAGGAGGAGGAGGAGGUUGAGGACGAGGAUGAGGAGGACGAGGACGUCGUGUGGACGGACCGCGGCAUUCCUGAUUUUGCGGGGACAGACGACCACAAGAAAAGAACCCAGCGGGAGACGGUCAGCGCUGCCUCGCUGUCGGCGUCCGCGCGCGAGAAACUGCCCUCCCUCGAUACGUUCAUGGACAGCCUCGACGAGUCCGGCAAGUUCCCGCUACAUGGGUCGAUGAUGACGUGCUUCGACAUGAUGUUCCCGGACGAGGCGAUUGAUCUUUUUGUUGACAAGACCAACAAGUACGUGAACCUUUGCACCACGCCAUCACUCCCGGGAGCGAAGGACACGCGGAAAGCGCAUCAGGUGGAGAAGACGAGAACUCUCGGCAUGGUAACGCUGCCCGAACCCGCAUUCGAGCGGAAGCACAUCUACGGUAUGCUUGGCAUCACGAUCACGAUGGGGCUCACGAAGAAAACGCGCAUGAGAAAGCACUGGAGUAGGUCGCUACACGACGACUAUCCUCUAGUGAGGGAGUGCAUGUCGCGCGACUUGUUCGAGCUGUUGUACUGCCGUUUCAUUCACUGCUCGGACGGCAACGCUCCUCCUCGUUGGGCGGGCGAGGACAAGACCCCGAACCCAGAGUUCGAUUCGAAGUGGCACAUCAGAGAGCUGGAAGACAUCUUGAACAACGCAUGGACGGAAAACAUGGACUUCAACCAGUGGCUGUGCUACGAUGAGCAGAUGGUGAAGACCGUGUCGACGUUCGCGCACUACCUCAUGAGACACAGCCCCAAGAAGCCCAUCACCCACGGCAUGAAGCUGUUCGCGAUCUGCGACAUCGAGGGGUAUUGUUUCGUCAGCAGCGUAGACGGUGGAAUGAACGGGGACCCGAAGCUGAGGGUUUGGUUCGACUGCCCACUGGGGCGGACCACUCGCCACGUCCUACAUGUCCUACUCGGCGCCUGCAAGAAGUUCGGUGACAAGAUCGACGGCUCUGGCGCGUACAUCGCAAUGGACAACUACUUCAAAAGCCCGACCCUAUUCGAGUGUCUCGCGAGCCACGACAUCUUCGCGGUGGGUACGUGCCGGUCAAACCGAACGGGUGGUGCCGUGCCUUACUUGCAGAGCCUCGAUCGCCGCCCCGUCGAAAGGGGAGAGAUGCACUUUGCCCGCGCCGGCAAUGUCGCAUUCGUGCAGUGGCUAGACUCGAAGGAAAUCAUUCUGUGCAGCUCCAUCCACAUCGCCCAACCUCACGCCGCCAUCGGGGAGCCCAAGAAGGAGGACAGCGACGGCGGCGAUGACCACUUCGCACCUCUACCGUACAGGUGCUUCGUCUGUCCCCUGCCAUCCCGUCCCCAUCCGUUCAUGUUCAGUCUGCGCAAAGCUGGUCAGGCUGGGAAAAGCUUGGAGCUACAGCAGCCGUGGAUGCGCAAGGAUUAUGUUGCCAACAUGGGGGGAGUAGACACGGCUGACCAGCAGAAUGGGUCCCACACCCAUGACCACAAGUCGUACACGAACCACUGGCGACGAGUGAUGGAGGGCAAGUUUGAGCAGACGUUCACCAACAUUUUUGUGAUGUUCAAAAAGUUGGGCAAGAUGGAGAGGGCGGUCUGGGACGAAAUGUUGUCGACGGAGCUCAUGGCGAGGCCCCUGAACACGGAGACUGUGGCUGCUCCGGCAUCCGAGGAGGGGUCAGGUCCCGUUGUCGCUGAAGACGGGGAGAGUGGUCUGGCGCCCCCGGCGGCCAUGGCCUCCUCUGCCGCGGUAGUGAGCUCCGACGAAACAAACGGGAAAGAGGAUACUUCUGAAGCACCACCUGUGGAAGAACUGCCCGAGGAUACGAAGGCAGCCCUGGUGAAGCAGGUGGAGUUUUACUUCAGCGACGAGAACCUGCCCACGGACGCCUUCAUGAAGAAAAAAGUUAAGGCCGGCGGGGCGCAAGGCUGGGUGCCGCUCAAGGUGAUCUGUAGCUUCCCGAAGGUGAAGAAGCUGUCGAAGGACAUUCGCGCGAUUGCCCUAGCCCUGGAGGAUUCCCAGGCUCUGGUGGUGGCUAAGGCGACCCGCGUAAGGCGUAAGGUAUGA